AUGUCGAUGGAUAUAACUUUCCUUGGCACAGGCUCAGCGUACCCUUCUCCAGCAAGGGGAGCAUCGGCGCUAGUGGUCCGCAGGGAAGGAGAGUGCUGGCUCUUCGACUGCGGAGAGGGAACGCAGACACAGUUCAUGAAGAGCCACCUCAAGGCAGGCAGAAUUACCAAGAUUUUCAUAACUCAUCUUCACGGUGACCACUUUUUUGGACUUCCUGGCCUGCUGUGUACCCUUAGCCUCCAAAGCAGUCCUGACCCAAACAAACCACCUGUUGAUAUUUACGGACCAUUAGGACUACGAAACUUCAUCUGGAGGAGUAUGGAGCUCUCCCACUCGCAACUCCUCUCCAAUGAACUGGUACCUACACGGGACCAGUGCCCCGCAGAAGAAUUUAAAGACUUUUCUUACUUGGACAGAGAUGAGGCAUCUCCCCAGGGAGCAGAAGGGAGACUACUCCACCUGGAUCCAGUAGAAAACUCUUACUUGCUGGUUGAGGAUGAGCAGCUGGUUCUGAAAGCAUUUCGCCUAUUUCACCGCAUUCCUUCCUUUGGCUUUGUGGUGGAAGAGAAGCCCCGGGCUGGUAAACUCAAUGUACAGAAACUGAAAGACCUUGGAGUUCAACCAGGUCCUUUAUAUGGGAAACUGAAGAACGGAACUGCAGUCGUUCUAGAAAAUGGAGUAACGAUUUCUCCUUCAGACGUCUUAGAAGACCCUAUUCCUGGAAGAAAAAUUUGCAUUUUGGGGGAUUGUUCCGGGGUGGUGGGAGAUGCGGCCGUGAAGCUUUGCGCUGGAGCGGAUGUCCUGAUACACGAAGCCACGCUGGACGAUACCCAAGAGGAGAAGGCCAGAGAGCAUGGUCAUAGCACUCCGAAAACGGCAUCGGAUUUUGCCAGGUUGUGUAAAGUUAAGAAGCUGGUUUUGACUCACUUCAGCCAGAGGUAUAAACCAGCUGCUCAGAGAGGCGAGGGAGACGCGGACGUCACCGAGCUGAAGAGACAGGCAGAGUCAGUGUUAGGUGGGCAAGAAGUAACACUGGCUGAGGAUUUCAUGACAAUAGAAAUUCCAAUGAAAAAGUGA